AUGUCUCGAGCUGCACGCAAUAAAAAGGCGCCCGGAGCCGAGUUUGCCUGGAAGUCAGAGGGUGGCGGCGAAGUAGACACAUCGCCAACACCAUUAUUUCCUAAAUAUACUGUACCUGUUCCCGCCACAUUUACCGACUCAGAAAUAUCAAGAAUACAGCUAUAUCGUCAAUUGCGAGAGAAAAUCCACGAUGGACCGUUUUAUACCGUGCUUGCCUCCCAGCCGUCAUACGGGAAAAAAGGCGCCCCAGCUCGUGCCCAGUUUGACCCUUUCCAGGGAAUGGCAUCUUAUGGACAGAGAUAUAUGAAGAAGUCGAGAACAUUGCCAAAAUUAAGUGCUGUACCGUUCGAGAUGAACUUUUUCCCAAAGGAGCUAUGGUCAACACUUGAUCCAAAAUACGUCGGCUUACCGGGGACGUUUGCGAAUGGUGGUGGGUUCUCCAAGGCCACGCAUAAGCGAGGAUUCGAGGAAGACGAGGACGAAGAUGAAGAGGAUGAGGGCCGGCGCAAGAAACGGAAUCAGGGUGACGAGGAUGAAGAAGGGUCCGACUCGGGCGGUAGACAACGGACAAGUGCGCGUGAAGGCGAAGACGCACUAGACGAUGACGAGGAUGAUGCUGAGGACGAGAUAGUUGACGAUGAUUUUGAGGAAGAUGAGGAAGAGAUGGGUGGUGAUUAUAAUGCCGAACAAUACUUCGAUGGAGGUGAUGAGCUUGGAGACGGGUUCGAUGAAGGCGGUGGAGAUGAUAACGAUGUUUACUGA